AUGACAGAAAAAUUGGAGGGGAAGGGCACCAAUGCCGAAAGGCUUGCUGCGCUUGAGGGAUCCGUCAAUCAGGUGAUCGAUGCAUCUGAAGUAGCUCACCGUGUGGAAGUGGCAACACAAAUGCAGAGUGAGGAUGAUGAGGACGAGGAGUCUAGCGAAUCGGACAACAAUGCUAAUAACGACGACUCAAAGCGAGCCAAGAAGAAGAAGAAAAAGCGGGAUCCUUUGUUUGAUUGCUGGAAAUUGAAGAUUCCUGUCUUCAGUGGUGCAGAUGUUCACGGAUGGAUUUACAAGGUUGAAAGAUACUUUGAGGUCCAUAAGUUUGGGAAGAAGGAUCAGUUGUGGGCAGUAGCAAUUUGCUUAGAGGAUGCUCCUUUGACAUGGUUUCGCUGGAACGUUGCCAAGAAUCCUUUCCGUUCUUAG